AUGACACGCACAGCAAGGGUAGCUGUCUCGGCGAGUGCAGAAACCACUAAUACUAGCCUCUUGCAAGUGCAACUGGAAUGCAGUUUACAUAAUAAAGUGUGUCAGCAAUUAAAGAGUUGUUAUAUGGAAUCUGAUGAUGUUUUACGGCUACAAAUGAGCAUAAUUGUGACCAUGGAAAACUCCUCAAAAGAAUUUGAAGAAAACACACAAGAUUUGUUAGAUCAUCUUUCUAUUAUUUAUGUAGCUACAGAUAAAUCUGAGACCUCAGAUGAUUCGGCAGUAAAUAUGUAUAUAUUACAUUCAGGAAACAGCCUUAUUUGGAUACAGGAUGUACAUCAUUUCUCACAGAGAGAUGCUCUGUCCCUGCAGUUUGAACCAGUCCUCCUACCUACUUCUACGACAAACUUUACAAAAAUCGCCUCUUUCACUUGCAAAGCUACGUCAUGUGACAAUGGGAUUAAAGAAGACACAAAGAAAAUAAAAAACACUUCAACACUAAAAGCAUGUCUCUCCUCUCCUGUGGUUCAAGGGUAUUUUAGAAUGGACUCCUCUGCAGCCCAGUUUCACAUAGAGACUCAUGAGAACACAUCAGGGGUUUGGUCAGUGUGGUACCUCAACCAUUUCGACCGUGGCGUUGUAUUACAGGCUGUGUUUGUUUCCAAGGAAACCAAGCACAUUUUAAAGAUUCUGAAUUUCACUGGCCCUUUAUUUCUACCUCCAGGCUGUUGGAAUAUAUUUUCUUUGAAACUUGCUGUUAAAGACAUUGCCAUAAACCUAUUCACCAAUGUAUUUUUGACUACAAACAUAGGUGCCGUUUUUGCAAUACCUCUACAGAUUUACUCAGCCCCAACCAAGGAAGGGAGUCUGGGUUUUGAAGUGAUAGCACAUUGUGGCAUGCAUUAUUUCAUGGGAAAAUCAAAAACAGAAAAUCCUAAUUGGGAAGGGAGUCUUUCUCUGGAUCGGUCUACCUGGGACGUGGAUUCAGAACUUGCCAAUAAAUUGUAUGAAAGAUGGAAGAAAUUUAAAACUGGUGACGGCUGCAAGAGGACUGUUUUAGGAAUGACGCGGUUUGGUCGCUUGAAGAAAUCCAAGGAGUCGGAAUCCUUUGUUUUCUUUCUGCCUCGUUUGAUUGCAGAGCCCGGACUGGUGUUGAACUUCAGUGCAACCGCCCUGAGGAGCAGCGUGGUGAAGUACUUUGUGGUGAAGAACCCUUCCUCUUGGCCAGUCUCCAUGCAGCUCCUGCCUCUCUCCUUGUACCCCAAGCCUGAGUCUGCAGUGCGCCUGCUGCAUAAAUGGUUUGGCACCGAUAUGCAGAUGAUUAAUUUCACAACUGGUGAAUUCCAGCUCACCCAAGCUUGCCCUUACCGGGGCAUGGAUUCUGAGGAGUCCAGGUUUGGCAUCCUCCACUUACAUUUGCAGCCUCUGGAGGUGAAAAGGGUCGGUGUGGUUUUCACGCCAGCUGACUACGGGAAGGUUACGUCACUCAUACUAAUCCGGAAUAACUUGACGGUUAUUGACAUGAUUGCUGUGGAAGGGUUUGGAGCCAGAGAGUUACUGAAAGUGGGCGGAAGGCUUCCUGGCGCAGGAGGUUCACUCCGAUUCAAGGUGCCCGAGUCCACGCUGAUGGACUGCCGACGACAACUGAAAGACAGCAAGCAAAUUUUAUCUAUUACAAAGAACUUUAAAGUUGAGAAUAUUGGACCACUUCCUAUAACUGUGACAUCUUUGAAAAUUAAUGGGUAUAAUUGCCAAGGUUAUGGAUUCGAAGUGCUAGAUUGUCAUCAAUUUUCCCUGGCCCCAAACACAUCCCGGGAUAUCAGCAUCGUGUUUACUCCAGACUUUACCUCUUCCUGGGUCAUUCGAGAGCUGACUCUUGUAACUGCAGCAGACCUGGAGUUUCACUUCACUCUCAAUGUGACCCUCCCCCAUCACCUGUUGCCUUUGUGUGCAGACGUGGUUCCAGGACCCAGCUGGGAGGAGUCGUUUUGGAGGCUUACAGUCUUCUUUGUCAGUUUGUCCCUGUUGGGUGUGAUUUUAAUAGCCUUCCAACAAGCACAGUACAUUCUUAUGGAAUUCAUGAAAACAAGACAGAGGCAAAGUGCUAGCUCAUCUUCACAGCAAAACAAUAAUCCGAUGGAUGUAAUUAGCUCCCAUUCUCACAAAAGCAAUUGUAAGAACUUCCUCGAUACCUAUGGCCCCUCCGAUAAAGGCAGAGGGAAAAGCUGCCUUCCAGUAAACACUCCACAAAGCAGGAUACAGAACACCCCAAAGAGGAGCCCAGCUACCUACGGUCAUUCUCAGAAGAAGCAUAAGUGCUCAGUGUAUUACAGCAAACACAAAACCAGCCCAUCUGUCACCAGCAGUGCUAACACUACUGCUGAGGAGAAACAGACUCCGGCCCCGAGCAGCUCCCUGUCUGCUCCUAAAGAGGACGUGUGCACUGAUGUUAUGGGCGAGAACUGGGUCAACCUCAGAUACGCAAACGGCAUCAAUGUUGACCUGCAAAAGAAUUUAACCCUUUCCAAAAACUUACUGAAUAAAGAAGAAAACACACUGAAAAACACAAUUAUUGUCAAUAAUACUUCUUCAGAAUGUCAUAUGAAGGAGGGAAUACAGACAUGUAUGUUUCCUAAGGAAACGGACAUUAAAAUUUCAGAAAACAUAGCUGAGCUCAAGGAACGAGAGCUCUGUCCCCUGAAGACCUCUAAGAAACUACCUGAAAAUCACUUGCCAAGAAAUUCACCUCAGUACCAGUCAGACUUGCCAGAGAUUUCCAGGAAAAAUAAUGGGAAUAACCAGCAAGUGCCUGUCAAGAAUGAAGUAGACAACUGUGAAACUUUGAAGAAGGUUGACACAAAGUCUUCCUCAGAAAAGAAGAUUCACAAAGCAUCUAAAGAAGACAUUUGUUUUGAGAAGCAGGAUGUACCUUCAGUCGAGCAAGAAGAUCCUUAUAGGAAGAAGAAGCUUCAGGAGAAAAAAGAAGGAAAUUUACAAAAUUUAAGUUGGAAUAAAAAUCGAACGUGUCGUAAAAACAAGAAACGGGGUGCUGCUCAGGUCUUGAGGCCCUCUGAACAGAGUGAAUUAAAACUUGUGUGCAGUGAAUUUGAAAGGUCCGAGCUGAGCAGUGACAUCGAUGUCAGAAACUGGUGUAUACAGGAAAAUCCUGGGGAAAUUUGUAAGACCGAUGCUGGCAUUGGAAGCAGCUUACCUGCUGCACAGGGAGAGGCAGAGGGCUACUACCCGAAGCCCGGGGAGAAGUGCAUGGAGAAGUCCUGCUCUGAUUCCAGCUCGGACUGCGGCAGCUCCUCGGGCAGCGUGCGGGCCAGCCGGGGCAGCUGGGGCAGCUGGAGCAGCAGUAGCUCCGACGGGGACAAGAAGCCCGUGGCGGGCCCUCAGCACUUCCUGCCGGCCGGAGACAGUGUUUCACAAAAUGACUUUUCUUCAGAAACUCCCAUCUCCUUGAAUCUUUCUCAUAACAUCUGCAAUUCCACAAACAUGAAUAACCUCCCACGAUAUGCAGAACCUCCCUGUCCCAGCCUUCCUGCCGGGCCCACAGGUGUUGAAGAAGAUAAAGGUCUUUACCCACCCGGAGACCUGUGGCCCACGCGGCCCGUGUGUGUGACCAGCAGCUUCAGCUGCGCUGUGGAGAACAGCGUGCCUGGCGUGAUGCAGGGCCCGGCCCCCGUGCAUAAUAGCAGUUUCAUUGACUGGAGCACAGCCUGUGAAGGCCAGUUCCCCAGCGUGUACUGUCCGUUGGAACUGAACGAUUAUAAUGCCUUUCCGGAAGAAAACAUGAAUUACCCCAAUGGCUUCCCUUGUCCUGCCGAAAUUCAGACAGACUUUAUGGAUCACAACUCUCCAUCUACUUGGAGCCCCCCGCCCAACAUGCCGACUGCCUGGGGACAUGCAGGUCUCCUCAAUUCUCCGCCCUACCUCACAAGCACCCGAAGCUUGUCUCCAAUGUCUGGACUUUUUGGUUCCAUCUGGGCCCCGCAAAGUGAUGUAUACGAAAGUUGCUGCCCCAUCAAUCCCACCACGGAACAUUCGACUCACAUGGAAAACCAGGCUGUCAUGUGCAAGGAAUACUACCCAGGGUUUAACCCGUUUCGUGCCUAUAUGAACCUGGACAUAUGGACUACCACCACAGCAAAUAGGAAUGCAAGCUUCCCACUGUCUAGAGACUCAAGCUACUGUGGGAAUGUGUGA